CAAAUCUUUCAUAACAAUCCAGGAAACGGCAUUACAAUAUUACCCAGGACCGAAAGUAUUUCGCUCAGUUGCUCUUCUGCACGCACCACAGCACAAACACCGCUUGAUCCAGUCAAGACUCGCAGCAACUGUCAUGAUGACCGUCAAAGUUCAUAUCAUUUAUUGUGGUGGAUGAGGGUACAGGCCCAAGUUCACCAAACUCAAGACACUGCUUGAGGAUGAAUUCCCAGGCGAACUUGAGAUCACUGGUGAGGGCACACCCUCAACCACAGGCUGGUUUGAGGUGGAGGUAAACAACAAGUUGGUGCACUCAAAGAAGAAUGGAGAUGGAUUUGUGGACUCAGAUGCUAAAUUUAAAGCAAUUCUGACUGCCAUUGAGCAGGCCUUGAAGAAAUAAGCAUGAGCUGAUCAUAGAGCAGUUUUUCUUCUCUGUUUGUUGGACUCCUGGGCAGUGCAACAAUGAUGGUGACGUCCAAAGUGUUUUCAACACGGGUGUUGCUUGAUGCUCUCCGCCCUUCCUAGGAGAACGCACUCAGAGCAAAAAACUCCCUAUGAAUACUGCUUCAGAUAAACACUUUAACGGUUGAAAAUAUUAAGGGAAAAUAAAGGGAAAAUAUAAAAAUAGACAGAAUUUGGACAGAACAUGUCAAACUGAGGUACUUUUGACUUUUUUUUUUCUCUGUUUGCCUCUGUUACAACGCAAAAGUUUACAAACUGUUUUGGCAUUGUUCAAGAUUUUCAUGCAAUAAAACAUGUUAAUGUUGAA